GUAGAUAGAGGCUCUCACAGUAUGGAUAAAAGCAUUACCCUUCCACCGGACGAGAUAUUUCGAAAUUUGGAAAAUGCCAAGAGGUUCGCAAUAGACAUAGGUGGUUCUUUGACAAAACUAGCUUAUUACUCCACUGUUCAGCACAAAGUUGCCAAAGUGAGGUCAUUUGACCAUGCAGUGAAGGAAGCACAGGAAGAUCCCCUCUAUGAGAUUUCUGUGCAAGAGGAGAUUACUGCCCGACUCCACUUCAUCAAAUUUGAGAACACUUACAUCGAGACCUGCUUAGACUUCAUCAAAGACCACCUGGUCAACACUGAAACCAAAGUCAUCAAAGCCACUGGUGGAGGGGCUUACAAGUUCAAGAACCUGAUUGAGAAAAAGUUAAAGCUCAAAGUGGACAAAGAGGAUGAAAUGUCCUGUUUGAUCAAGGGCUGCAACUUUGUACUAAGGAACAUUCCCCAUGAAGCAUUUGUUUAUGCCAAACAUGCCGACUCUGAGUUCCGCUUCCAGAACACCCACCCUGAUAUCUUCCCAUACCUGCUUGUCAACAUUGGCUCUGGGGUGUCUAUUGUCAAGGUUGAAUCUGAAGACAAAUUUGAACGCAUCGGUGGAAGUUCUAUUGGUGGUGGAACCUUUUGGGGUCUUGGUGCUUUGCUCACAAAAACAAAGAGAUUUGAUGAGCUACUGCAGUUGGCAUCCAAAGGACAGCACACAAAUGUUGACAUGCUAGUGAAAGACAUUUAUGGAGGAGCUUAUGGAUCUUUGGGCUUAACUGGAGACCUCAUUGCAAGCAGUUUUGGAAAAUCUGCCACCACAGACAAAGAAUUCUCCAAAGAAGACAUGGCCAAGAGCCUGUUACACAUGAUCAGUAAUGACAUUGGGCAGCUGGCCUGCCUCUAUGCCAAGCUGCACAACCUGACCCGAGUGUACUUUGGAGGAUUCUUUAUUCGAGGGCACCCUGUCACCAUGCACACUAUCACCUACAGCAUCAACUUUUUCACUAAGGGAGAAGUACAAGCUUUGUUCCUCCGACAUGAAGGUUACUUAGGGGCUAUUGGAGCCUUCCUCAAGGGGGCAGAAGAAGACAAUCCUAACCAGUACAGCUGGGGGGAGAACUAUGCGGGCAGCUCUGGUCUGAUGAGUGUUUCUCCUGACCUGAACCCCAUGCAGCGUGCUCGCAGUGGAACAUUUGACAUGCUGGAGAUGGACCGCUUGGAGAGACAGCUGGUUAACCUACCACUGCUGCAGGACCCUUCCUCUUACAUCCCUGACACAGUGGAUCUGACAGAGGAUGCGCUGGCCCGAGAGUACUGGCUCUACUGCUUUGAAGAGGCACUAGAUGGGGUGGUAAAACGAGCGGUUGCCAGCCAGCGUGAUCAGCCAGAGGCCGCAGAAAGAGCAGAGAAAUUCCGUCAGAAGUACUGCCACAAACUCCAGACCCUCCGCCACCAGCCAUUUGCUUAUGGAUCUCUCACUGUCCGAAGUCUGUUAGACACAAGAGAGCACUGUUUAAACGAGUUCAACUUUCCUGAUCCCUACUCUAAGAUCAAGCAGAGGGAGAAUGACAUGGCUUUGAAGUACUACCAGAAGGUUGUGAAGUCUCUGGAUGAGCUGAACUGGGAUCAGAGGCAGUUUGCCCUGGUCAGAGGCCUCCUGGCUGGCAAUGUGUUUGACUGGGGAGCCAAAGCAGUGUCUGAUGUUUUAGAAUCAGAUCCAGAAUUUGGUUUUGAAGAGGCGAAACGACAGUUGCAGGAGCGGCCCUGGCUAGUAGAUGCCUAUAACGAAUGGAUUGAAAGGUUGAAGGGUCCUCCUCAUAAAUGUGCAUUGUUUUUCGUAGAUAAUAGUGGAAUAGACAUCAUACUGGGAGUUUUCCCAUUUGUAAGAGAACUGCUCAGCAGGGGAACAGAGGUUGUGCUCGCCAGCAAUUCCGGCCCUGCACUGAAUGAUGUGACAAACAGUGAGCUGCAGAUUCUCACUGAGAGAAUAGCAGACAUGGAUCCUAUCAUUCAAACUGCUGUUAAGGAGGACAGGCUUACAUUAGUACAGAGUGGGUCUAGUUCCCCUUGCUUAGACCUGAGCCGGCUGGACAAGGUGCUGGCCACGGUGGUGCGCGAGCGUGGCACAGACCUGGUGAUCAUAGAGGGCAUGGGCCGCGCCAUCCACACCAACUACUACGCCAGGCUGAACUGCGAGAGUCUCAAACUGGCAGUCAUCAAAAACUCCUGGCUGGCAGAGCGGCUUGGGGGCAAGAUCUUCAGCGUGGUCUUUAAAUACGAGGUGCCUGCCAAAGCCUAGGAGCAGCGUUAACCUGGACCCAGUCCCUGCGAUAACGGGAUGAGGGGAUCAGCAUACUGAACGUCAGAAGGCAGAGAGAGCCUCCAAAUCCACCCAGCCACGGCUGAAAUUUGACUUCACGAUCGUGUAUGUGGAAGGCGAAUGGCUCUUUUUUUUUUUUUUUCUUUUCUUCUUUUUCUUUAUUCUUUUAAGUCGAAAUCGUUAGAAAAUGGCACAUAGUUUAUACAUUUAGCGCCUUUCCCUGAAAUUGAAUAUUCUAUAUUAAGACCACUGCAAUGAAUGAUUAGUGACAGUUUUCAUCACGAGAUGGUGUUUGAUCUUCGGUUUAGAUUCUGUCACAGAUGGGAUUGAGGAAAUGAUGAAAUGAAUUAUAGUGAUGUGUAACAAGCAACCUGUUCAGUCGGCAGUGACGAACCACAAAUCUUCCAAAAGAAAGCUUUAUUAUAUAGACACUCUCCUCUGAAUAUGGCUCUGGCUUUUUAUAUGGGGUUUUGAUGAAAAGCCAAAUUGAACAUGAACAAAAACUGCCUCUCGGUCUUUGUGUCAUCCGUGUCGUCAUUGCUCGCCUUUUUAAGCUCACGUUUGAAAGAGUUUUGUUUCAGUCCGUAGCUGCUCUGUAAUAUGCUGAUGUAACAGAUAUUAGAUUGAUCGAUUCACCGCAGGGAUGGUUAAACAUGCUUAUCCAGAACUUUGCUGAGUUUGAUUUUGGCUUAUCAAAUUUCAGAGGUCAUAAAAACUGUGAUACUGUAAUCUGAUUUAAGUAUCAAAGAGUAGCACCUAGUGUAUUUCACCUGUCAAAGAGAAUUAAUCUAAGUAUCCAGAUUUAUGCUCGGCCAGAUUAGAAGUGAAUAGUUAGAGUAUGUUCACUGAGAUUCAUUCUUGUGAAAAGUUUUUGAGCAGUUCAGUUCUGAAUGAAUAAAAAUGGAAUGUGUUCUGCUUUUAUUAAUUCCAUGUUAGUGGUGUUGAUAGGGUCUGUCUCUGAUGGUCAGUUUGCUCUCCUCCCAUGAUAUAUAGUUGAAAUACAUAAAAUAUUGAUGUUAAGAGCUUAUAUGUUUUAUCUGCACAGUUGUGGGUUUCAAGGGGAUAGCUUUUUCAUGUGAUGUACAUUUGUGCCUUGAGAUGAUUGUAACAACAGUGGUAGUCCCAUUGUAGUGAAAUGACAUAAUGAAAAUUUGUCUUAGAUAUCAACAAAACUUUUUCCCAGUAGAACAAGAAUUCAUUCACUGUCUCUGCAAGAUGAUUAUGAUUUAUUGACACCGAGCCCGUGUUUGACAUUUUAAUGUUGAAAAUGCACUUUACUGAUGGAAUGAACUGGCUAUACCCUCCUAAAUCCACUAGAUGUCAGUGUUUCACUAUAACACACUUGUUGACUCGAAAACUGAAAUGUUUCCACUAAAAGAGAUUCAUUUUAUCAAGGGAUGCUGGUGCUUACAUUUCAAACCUUCAAGGUUUUUUUUUGUGUUUUUUUUUUUAAAUCAACUUUGUCUGGGAUUAUCACAAUGUCAUACUUUCAGUGAAUAGAAUAGAACAUUCAAACAAACUAAAAUAAUCAGUGCAAUCCCACACAUUGCUUAGAUUUUGAGAUACUCUCACCAUCUACCAUUUGUUAAAAGUCAAAAUCUGCUUCCUCUUCAGGGUUGUACAGCACAGUAUUGCCUCAGUGUCCCAGCUGUGUCCUCUUAGAGAGAUUGAAUGGGUAUGUGAUUGUGUGUAUUUUUCCCUCUGUGAUAAGAAUGUCUAUUUGUCCUGGUGUGAGCUAAAGAAUGUCAUCAGUGUUCUUUCCUGUUAUGACUGAUAACUUGGCUGGACACAGGCGUACACAUGUGUACACUGUUAUGUGGAUAUAAUUGAUUUACAGCAUCUUCACGGUGCAGUGUAGCACAGUAAGAAGCACAUUUAAUGCCUCCCUCCGUGUUAAAAUGUGUGUGUGUGCGUGUGUGUCUGU